UGCACAUAAUGAUUCACGAUUUAAAGGUCGUUGGUUAAUUGAGACACCUGUUACUAAUGAAGGUUUAUGUGAUCUGGUUAAGGCUGCAUGUUUCCUUUCUCUUAAAGAAUAUUGGAAGGUUCCUAAGAAAAUUGGGCUUGUUGCAUCAUUUUUGGACCCGCGAAUUAAAAGUUUGAAAUUUCUUGGUAAUGAAACAAUAAAGGCGAUGACAAUUGAUACAGUGCAAACACUUUGUACUGAGGAAGAUUACCGUCAACCUUCGGUUGGGCUUGAUAAGCCAUUUAACACUCCAGAUCAUGAACCUGCAACAGCUAAUAGCUUAAUUGCAGCUUUAUAUAGUAAUGAGGAAUUGAAUGAUGAAAUUUAUAAUGAGACCGAAGUUGAUCGUUAUCUUCGUGAACCUAAUAAGAAAAGGGCU